CAAAAUUAUAUAAAAAUGUCAGACAUUGACCUAGACGACCUUUUAGAAGACGAUCCAGAGACCAAGUACCACUCCCCAGAAGAGAUUAAGUCGGUUGAAGCGAUGAAGCUCGACCAGAAAAUGUGAGCCCUCUUCGUAAAGAAUAAGAAAAUGGAUCCUGAAGAAGGCAAGAUGAAAAUAGAUACCCUCACCUCAAUGAUAGAGCUUGCUGAAAACAAUAAAAAGAUGGAUAAAGAAGCUUACACUGAGGGCCUGAAGGAGAGCUGGCAAACUCAUAAGCAAUGGCAGCAAGAUUGCACAGAAGAUCUUGAUCUUGGUGCAGCCAAAAAUAGCCACCUCACUAGGAUAAAGAAAAGAAUUGAGAAAAUUGAAUCUGAGCUACAGACUCUAGGUGUUGAUAUUAAUAAUUUGGAUGAUGACGAUGAUGAUGGCCUCCUCAGAGAACUCAACUCCGAAGAAGACAGUGAGACAGUUGAAAUGGACGGUAUCGAUGAAAACUCAGAUGAAGAUAACCGAAACACCCACUACAAAGGUAGUAAAGUUAAUGCAGUCAAGAGACUACCAACUAUGGAAGAGAAGAAGACUGUAGUUGAACAAAGAUCUUCAGCAGUGGUCGCCGAUUUUGCCGGGAGAGAUCCUGAUGAAAUUAUGGAGGACAGAAUGAAAGAGUAUAUCAAUGCUAUUGAAUAUUUGAAAAAGAAUAAUCUUUCAAAAGACCAAAAAGCUAUCCUUGCUAUCCUUGAAAGAGCUGAGAGGAUUAAGAAACUACAGAAAAGAGAUGAUGUGGAUGUGUUCGAAAUUCCUGACCCAGUUACUCCUGAAGAUCUUAUUGGAGUGACACCACAGGAAAGAGUUAAAAAGUACCAAACAUUAGUAAACAUUAUCAACAAAACUGCAAAUAAUCUCAAAAUAAUUGGAAGUAAUAACUUCAAUAUCUUUAAGAAGACCAACAAUAAGUUGGCCAAGGAUAAUUACGACAAGUCUAUUUUCCUGUUUAAGAAGCAAAAUGAGCUGAAAGCUGAUCUGUUAAAGUUAGCAAAGAACAAGUGGCAGCCGAUGCCAGAGCUUACAACUUCUGUUGAGAAUUUUCCUGACCCCAAGGGUGCAGACCUGGAAGAAAGUGAGGUUAAGAUAAAACUCAAUAUUCCUGAAGACUUUCAAAAUGUAGGCAAAUAUUACUACAAAUUCAAAUGGAUGGAUGAUGAGGAUAACCUCAAGAAAAUUAAAGCCAAGAAUAAAGGAGAUGUGGUUGAAGUUGGGCACACCAUCGACUUCGGGCAUCACAAAAAGUUCGCUGCCCUCAAGUGCGUGGUCAAAAUCAGACUAUGGCGUUGAGGCUUAUUUGACAAAACAGUUUUUGUAUGGGAAAAUAACCUUGUCCCACUCAAGAAAGGACAGAUGAUUAAGAAGAACUUCAAAUUUGAAGACUAUAAGUUUUAUGUGACUAUCUACUCUGACAUUCAAAGUGAGGAAGCUAUGAAUGAAAUAAAAAUAGUAGAAGCUGCAUACAUCCCUCCUCCAUUUAAAUCAGCAACUGGAGGUUCUCCGAAAAAGUUCAGGAGAUCCACCACAACAAGGAGACAGACAAUCAAAGAAGCAGCUGUCGAAAAUGAAGAAGCAAAGAGGAGUGUCAAGAUUCCGGAAGGAAUCGGAAUUGAUGAAAUCAAAGACCCAGACGUCCAAAGAAAUCUCUGGAGUUGAUACUACUGUAAAGUAAUGUCCGAAAAAUUCCAACAAAAGGUUGAUGAAGCUGAGAAACAAAAGAAACCUGCUGAUAAUAUGGUCACCACGAAACUUCUGCUGUUCCAGUCCCAAAUGAUGAGCAUUCAAAGUGCUAUUGAGAACGAGCAAGUUACUUUUGAACAAUAUAUGGGCUUCCUUAAGAAAGGAAUUGGCCAUGAUAAGACCCUUCUUCAAUAUUUUGAAGACACUGGAGCCACCUCUAAAGCAAAUGCAGUCAGAUUCAGAAUCGAAUGAUUUGAAAAAGAAAUGAAUGGAGAAGUUGAAGGCACUGAGGCUGAAGAAGAAGAAGAAGAAGAAAGCGAUGGAGAUUAUUAAUCACAACAGUUC